AUGGAAGUCAAAUCUCUAAAAUGUGAUCUGUGUAAAAAGCAGUUUUCCCAUGAUAGAGAAGCAUUUGAUCAUUUCAAAAGUAAGAAACAUCUCAAACUGGUUGAGCAGCAUGCAGAUGUUAAAUGUGGAGUUUAUAUUACAGGUUUUAGUUACAACCAAACCAAGGAAGAUGCUUUGCAGUAUUUCUCAGAUUAUGGAGGAAUUAGAAAAUCAUUAGUUGGGCCUACCAUGAGUUACAUGAUCAUAGUGUAUGAAAAGGAAGAAGAGGCUGCAAAAGUUUUAUCCUGUCAUCAUAUUCUUCAUGGUAGAAGGUUACGAGUAGAAAAACGUCUUCCCCCAGCAACAUUUGACCACACCGACAAUGAUGAUGACACACAUCAAAAGCUGCUGCAGACUCUAAAAACCAUAGAAGGCUUCGAUAACCAAAUAAGUCGAUUUGUUCAUUUGAUGACACCAGAUCUUCGAAAUAUUUCGAAAACAUAUGAAUUAGUAAAUAAGGACAUAUUUGAGGCGCUUUCCUCAUUUUUUUCAGUAUUCUGUAUCUUCAAUUUUGGAUCCAGUACUACUUUUCUACAGUUCAAUUCAAGCGAUUUGGAUGUUUAUGUGGAUAUCAUAGAUAGACCUGAAAAUGAUAAGAAAUGUUUAAAAAUGAUAAGAUCUGCCUUAGCAAGAAGUAAGGUAUUUUAUAAUGUAAUUGACAUACCUUCAGCCAAAAUACCAAUAGUGAAAUGUACCCACAAUCAGACGGGAAUGAAAUGUGACAUAAAUUUCAAAAACAUGCUUGGGGUUGAAAACAGUAAAUUAAUUCGUUAUUACCUUUCUCUUGAUCACAGAUUGAGGAAUAUUCUUUUGGUUAUAAAAUAUUGGGCAAAAAUUCAGGAAAUAAGCGGUAGAAACCAUUUGUUCACAAGUUAUUCUAUGGUUAUGAUGUUCAUUUUUUAUCUGCAAGAAUGUCAUUCAUUCCCAAGUGUCUACGUAUUGCAAAGGAAUACUGUUCCUAACAACUCUAGAGUUAUUUGGAAUAUGAAUAUAAAUCCAGUUUCAGAUAUAGCAGCAAGCCAUCAAAUAAAAAAUGUUUCAAUGUUCGAAAUAUUGAGUGGGUUUUUCAGAUACUACUCAACAUUUAAAUUUGACUCGCAAAUCAUUUGUCCGUAUCUAGGAAGGACCAUUGACAAACAGCGUUUUUCUGAGGUUAGCAUGAUACCGGAAGAAUUUCGAAUCUAUGUAAUGAAUAUUGAUUUCAUAGAACCUCUGAAAUACGACAAACCUGUUUGUCUUCAAGAUCCUUUUGAAUUGAAUGUGAACACUUGUAAUAUAAUUUUUAAGAAUAUUUUGGACAGAUUUGUUGCUGCAUGUUUAUCCGCAGUUCAGACAUUAUCAAAUGAAAAAGGAGAUAAGGUGAUCAAUUUAUUUUCUGUUGGGGCAUUAAAUGCAGAUACCCCGUCUAAGAAAAAGAAAAAGUAUGAGGAUGAUCCGAGUAGUUAUAAAUUUUGUUUGAAGCAGCCAAACUUGAGUAAUGUUCCCAUGGAUUCAGAAACCAAUACUUCGGAAAUGUGGUUUCAACAUACAAUAGAUUAUUGUUGUACAGUAUUUGAAAAGGUCCUCAAAUUAGAUAUGAAUGAGACGUAUAACCAUAAAAGGGCACGAAUUGGCGAACAAAAUCAUAUUGACAAUGAUGUUAAAACGUUUCACGCUCUUGCUUUUGUGAACAUGUGGGAUUCUCGAAAUGUAAAUCCAGUAACUCUUAAAGAUGAACUAGAUAAUUGUACGACCACUUUAGAAAGGGAAAUUAAAUUGAGUGAUCACAUAUGGGAAGGCAAUGCAAAGAUUCGACCUACAAUACCUUUAUUUGAAUGUAAUAUCACUUUUACGUGCACCAAAGAUCCAAUGACUGUACAGAUUGAGUUAUUCAGGGUCAAAUCCUACAAGAAAAUAUACAAAGCUUUUGCGUUAUAUGUGACCAAAAAAAUUCCUCAGUGGUUUUUGGUGCAUGUAAAAGAAGAGAAGAGUAGGGAUGGCACAAAAUUGCCUGAAGUUGUUAUUGUAUCCGACUAAUCUUUGGUUAGGUUUCCAAUUAUUCAAUUGUAUUCAAAUACAUGUUGGAAAUUGGGGAAGCAUAUAAAGUUUAUUUUUUUUAUUUGUUAAUCCUUUUGUGAUAUUAGUAGGAUGAUCUGAAUGAAAUAUUCUGUAUUGAAUAUGUCUUACAGUGAAAUCUAUAAAUUAGGUUCACUGGUGUCUUAUAACUGAAGGGUGGUUUUUAGUUUUUCUUCUUAUCAAAGUAAUGUACUUUCUUUCUACGAAAAAUUGUAAAUAAAAGACUUAUUUCUUUAA